GUGACAAGUACCUCAAGGCGGACAGGUACACGAAGCAGGGUGACAACCCUUCCAUCUUGACAGAGGUGCCAGCAAGGCUCACAGUCAUUGGGCGGAAUGACCCGAACUUCGGCGAAUGGAAGACGAACAGCCAGAAGAGCAAGAAUGCCGGAGAGGAAACAGAGCAGGUGCUCCAGUGGAAGGAGAACCGGAAUUGGUUUUUCAACGCGCUCAAAGGGCUCAUGGAACGCUUUGCGGCAAGGCAAAACAACAAGGAGUUCGACCGACACCUCAGAUACUUCACCUCAGCCAUCGGUCCGGUGGUAGAGGAAGCCUUCUUCAUCAACGAGGCACUCAACGACAUGAAAGGAUACCUCGGUAUUUGGGCCAAGGAGAGCCAAAUGGA